AUGCACGAGCUCUUCGCAAAUCAUUCGGAGAAAAACGAAGAACCUGCUUCUACCGAUGAUGUAAAUCUGUUCACCUUUAAAGAGUUGUCGCUUGGGCCAAUUUCGAGGAGUUCUCCAGGUAACAUUCCUGCCCCUCGCAGUGGUCACAGAAUCUUCACUGAUGAUGAAUUCCUCUACGUAAUUGGGGGAUUCGAUCGGACGCCGGAAGAUCGGGAGGGCAAAAUAUAUAGAGAGGUUUGGCGGUACAAUCUAUUCACUCAAGAAUGGACCCAAAUGGAUACUAAAGGAAAUUUCCCUACUGCGCUCGCAUCCUUUGCUUUGGCGCAAAAUGCUCCAUAUUCUAACCAAGUGCUCCUUUUCGGAGGGACAGCUGUUCCCUUUGGCGCUACCACUUCGUCUCGUGUUCAUCUGCUCUCAUUUGAUAGUGAUUCCAAUUCGCUUGUCUCGACAAUUUUACCGGUGGAAGGAGAGAAACUUGCUACGUACGGACACGCUAUGGUACGAGGGCCUGAUCCAAACACUUUUUACGUGGUUGGUGGUACAACAGGACAUGUGUUUUUUCUUGAUGUGGAUAAACUAGCUUUUAUCGAUGGAAAAUGGAGGUGGUCCAGUGAAGCGCAGACAAGUCCCAACGAAGAGGGACGGUAUCGUCUCGAAACUGUGCUACACGAGGAUUUAAUUUACUUCUUUGGUGGCGGACGUCCAGACUUUGUUACUGAGCUGCAGCAUCUAACUGUGUUUAACACGAAGACAAAAACGUUCAUGGAGAUAUCGACAAUACCGGAUGAGAAUUGGAUCCGUCCAGAUGAAGAGGAAGAUGGGUUUCCAAAAGGAAGGAGGUGCCAUUCCGUCACAAAAUGGAAGAGGAAAGCGAUUCUUGUAGGCGGAUGUAGCGCUGAUAAGGAUGACGACGACGUAAGACACGUCGACAUGUUUGAUGAUGUGUGGUCGUUUGAUUUGGAUACACAUCAGUGGAAGAGGUUACCUUUCGACUUGGCUGCACCUGUGUUUUUCCAUGAUGCAACCAUCACUAGGGAAGGAUGUCUCAUUGUUUGGGGUGGAGUUCUAGAUAUCUAUAGCUCUGUACGUACAAACACUGGCCAAUAUUGUUAUCUCGCUCCUCCUUCUCUGAAAACGCUUGCUGCGUCGGCGCUCAGACCGUUUUUGAGCUACAAGACAAUCGAAGACUCGAAUAAUCUGCGCUUUUCACGUCUCAUGGACGUAGUUCGUGAGUUUAUGGCGUUGUCCUUGCUUUCACAAAAUAGGUGCAGUUUUGGAGGUUGCCAUCUUUAUUUUGCCAGCGUCGAUGAUCUUAUAGCACAUAUAGAAUUUGUACAUAUAACACCACUAGAGGAGGAGUAUCGACAGAAAGUAAGUCAAGCGCAGUACGGUUCUGAAGAGAAUCGUGCGUCUGCUACUCCCAACAUGCCUCUGAGUUGCGUUUACAGACUCUUUCGUUUACCACACAAUCCUCAACCAUGCGCGCCAGAUGUUGUUCGCUUGAAUUUUAACCACUAUCGAAAGAGAUCACACGAAGCAAGUGUUCCAUCUAGUAUUCCCAACGUCUCGUCGUCCUCGUCAAUAAAAAAAGAAGAUUCGUCCAGCAGUAAUUCGAACGGAGAAGAUCUAAGUGAAUGUGGACCGAAUGAGUCGGAAGACCGCUUUCGCUGCACUGUAGCUGAAUGUGGAAAACGGUUCAAAUGCAAUGCAGGGCUAAGGUUACAUUCUCGUACCACUCAUGGUGUCGUUUUACAAGAAAACAUACCUAAUGCUCAUUCUGUUCUUAAUGGGUCUGGAAGCAGUUCAUCCUCUCACAACGGCCAUCCACCACCUACAGUCAGCCCUACAAAAUACGCAGCUUCAAGACCAUACAAAUGUGGUCAGUGCUCUAAGCGUUACAAGACCACUGCCGGGUUAUCAAACCAUGUCGAACAAUCCCAUAAAAAGCAAUCAGGUGGCCGUGGCACGCCAUCGUCUACUGACUCGGCUCCAGCUUCUCCGUCUCCUGCUGUGUUGGACCAAUUAAUUUCACAAGCGAGAGCCCAUGGUCAAGCUACACAAGAGCAACAGCGUGCCAUGACACGUCCUCUUCCUGUACAAGUUGCUAGCGCAACAAGCGCCAGUAGCCACCAAUAUGGACAAAUGCAACCUCAAGCUCCUCUUCCGGUGCGAUCACUAUCCAGCACUCAUACGAGAUAUUCACAGAAUCAGGGUACUGGACAACAAGGGGUAUCUCAAGUUUUGCAUCAAUCUCAUAUUCCACAGAGAAGAGCCCAAUUUGGAGCAAUACAGGCGCAGCUUGUUUCUUCCAGCAGCCCACAGCAUGUUUUACAAUCAGGCGUUGAUGGGACCCGAACGGUCAGCAGCGAUAGCAACGAAGACAACUCUCGUCGGUUCCAUACACCACAUGUGGCGGAGAGUGGCCCUAUCCUGCUCACACCUAAACAAAGCUGA